AUGCCACGGUCUUCACAGGAGGAAGUGGCCUUUCUCAUGUCACAGGAGGUAUGGGGCAAAAUCCUGUUCCUAAACGCCAUGAAAGGUGAAUGGGAAGAGGUUAAGGAGGCCUAUAGAUCACAGAGUUCCGAAGUUCAAAAGAUGAAGAUCACCAGAGCGGGGGACACUGCUCUACAUAUCGCUGCUUCGUAUGGCCUGACAAAAAUUGUGUUGCAGUUGUUGGAAAUCAUUGGAGACUGUGCAUCCAAGUCCAACAUCUUGAAAAUAGAAAAUGACAAAGGCAACACACCUCUCCAUUUAGCCGCUACAAUUGGGGAUGUGGAAAUGUGCCAUGCAAUGACCACCAUAGACCCCGACCUCGUGUCGUCUCGCAACCAUGAGAAUGAAACCCCUCUCUUCUUAGCAGCUCUUCAUGGAAAGGAAAAGGCUUUUUUUUGCCUUCAUUCUCACUGUGAACAAAACUGCCAUUCGUUUAGAACAAAAAAUGGUGAUACCAUUCUCCAUGCAGCUAUCUCCGGUGAAUACUUGAGUUUGGCAUUCCAGAUCAUUCUGUGGCACCCACACCUUGUUAAUUAUAUGAAUGAGAGUGGCUUCUCUCCGCUGCAUAUUCUCGCCAAUACUCCAUCAGCAUUCAAUAGCAGUAGCCGCCUUAGGCCGUUGGAUCGUCUCAUAUACAAAUGUUUGAUUGUUGAAGAGCUAAAAGGGGAAGAGGACAUAAAGAAAAUUUGUCCCCAAGAGAAACAACCAGAAAGCAAUAUCAAUAUGAGUUCUGAAUCUGAUCAAACAUCCCUUGACCCAAAAACAAAAAAAAAAUCUGAUCAAACAUUAACUAAUUCAUGGCGAAAUAUAUGUUGUUCUCCCAGUCCAACUAAGAGAGGAAAUAAAAACGAAGCUGCUAGAGAUGCAGAGAAUCCCCCACAAGCUACGAACCAACGACCGGAGCAGGAAAGAAAAAGUCAUCCCAAUUAUAUUUAUGCCUCAUUUGUUAACUUUUUAUGCUUAAUCAUCACGAAGGCCUUGGUAGAGAUCGAUCGUUUUUUGCCAAGUGGAAUUUUGAGCAUAGACAAAAUCAACGGCGAGAAAAGGCGACAUAAAUGGGCUACUCAGGUCAUGAAGGAAUUGGUUAAGAAUACUUCUUCAUACAUGUCUGAACAAACUCCCGGAGAAACUCGAGCAGUGGAUGAUGAAAGUUUUGAAGAAGUUCCUAAUAAACCUGUUACCGAAUCAGGGGAGGAGACAAAGAUGGGAGUAAGUGAAAUGGUUGACGAAAUCUUAGAACAUUAUCCAGUGGCUAUCCAGGAUGUGGACUCAGAAAACAAGAAUGUUGCACUCUUGGCAGUUGAGAACAGGCAACCCCAUGUUUACAAAUUGCUGCUAAAGAGAGAGAAGCAAAUCGAAAGCUUGUUACGUCAGGUGGACAAGACAGGUAACAAUGCAUUGCAUCUUGCUGCUAAAUAUGGAAGUUAUCGGCCAUGGCUUACUCCAGGUGCCGCACUACAAAUGCAGUGGGAACUCAAGUGGUUCACGUUUGUCCAAACUUCCAUGCCAUCCCAUCUAUCUGUUCGCUCCAACAUUGAAGGUCAGACACCCAAGGAGAUCUUCACAACUUCACACAAACCUCUGCAAAAAGAAGGCAGUAAUUGGCUCGUCAAAACCUCCGAGUCAUGCUCUGUCGUCGCUGCGCUCAUUGCUACUGUUGCAUUUGCAACAUCAGCAACUGUACCAGGAGGACUCGAUAAUGAAACGGGUGAACCGGUUUUCAAAGACAAGCCAGCGUUCGAUGCCUUCACCAUCUCAUCACUGGUUUCUCUCUGCUUGUCAGUAACUGCCUUGGUCUUCUUUCUUUCCAUUAUUACAUCUCGAUACGAAGCACAUGAUUUUUCCAUCAACUUGCCCCGGAAACUUUUGCUGGGUUUAACAUCACUCUUCGCAUCGAUAGCAUCCGUGUUAGUCUCAUUUUGUACCGGCCAUCUUUUUCUCCUUGAUCGACAACUGAGAUAUGUGGCAUAUCCAUUAUAUGCAGCGACUUGCUUGCCGGUUACCAUUUUCGCUCUUGCCCAGUUGCCCCUCUACUAUGAUCUCAUAAGGGUCAUGUUCGGAAAGGUUCCACAGCGUAGCUACAAGGAAUAUAGACACUAUUAACUUAACUGGGACUCGACUCGAUCAUCUAUUGCCGCUAUAAUUAAAAUUGUGUUUUUCCAAUAUAGUCUUCUUUUCUUUUUCUUUUUUUGGGAGGAAAC